AUGCAAGACAAAAAAGUGGCGUUCAAGUGUCCUGCGUGCACACGAAAACUUCUUAAAUCGACAGGGUCAUUGCAAACGUCUAACUCAGAAGAUAGCGCCCACGAUCCGAGCUCUGAAGACUCGAGUCCGAAAACAUUCGUAGACAAUAUUACAUUGCGCCCGAAGGCCGCCGGUAAGCCCUACUCUAAAGCACCGAGCCAAACAGUGGUCACCGAAGAUAAGCUAAGGGAUAUUCUGCAACACGAAUUGUCAUCUAUUCUUACUGCGACGAUUAAGCAACUUGUUACGACUGAGCUCAGCAAUCUUUCAGAACAGUUUUCUAGUUUCCAGGAAUCGAUCUCUCUCUUGAAUCUGCAACUUAACGAAUUGAAGGCUUCAAAUGAUGAAAAAAACAUUAUUAUUGCAAAUUUAACAGCGGACAAUGAGAAGCUGAAGUCUUCGCAUGCAGACCUUCAAAAAAAACUGAGCUCUGUCGAACAACAUAUGCGUGCGAAUAAUAUUAUUAUCAAUGGUAUUCCGGAGACCAAAUCUGAAAAUUUGUUUGACACCGUGUGCAAAAUUGCCAAUUCUGUGGACUGUCCGCUUUUGCCCAACGACUUGCAUCACGUAACAAGAAUUUCGAAAAAUAAAGAAUCCUCGAGUAGACCUCGCUCAGUAGUAGUGAAGUUACAAAGCCCUCUUUUGCGCGACACCUUUAUUGCGGCUGUAAGCAAAUUUAAUAAAAAUAAUCCGCGUGACAAACUAAACUCGCGACAUCUUGGCAUUAGUGGAAUGAUAAAUCCUAUCUUCGUGUCUGAGCAUUUGACGCCUGAAAACAGUUCUCUUUAUUCUGCUACUCGAAUUAAAGCGAAGGAAUGUCAAUAUAACACAAAUAAAAAAUUAACCCAGCAGGCUCUCCAUCCAGGCCUCUUCAUCACAAGACCUAGGUCUUCUUCAUUGAGCAAUAUCAAGACUACUGAGUCAAAGAACCCACCUGCUACUCCCGUAAUAAUGGAUAAUGAUCAUUUAGUUAACAAUGAUUGCCCUCCUCCCUCCUGGCAAAGAAUACCUACAAGCCGCUACCCCAAGAGGAAGAGACUAUCAAAUAGUCCUCCACAAUACCAAAAACUCGACCAAAAAACACAAACAGGAAUCAGUACUUCUAACAGUUACAGUGGACUACCUAUAGAUCCUACUGAUGAAGAUUCAUCCACUUACGCUAAAAAAGUCUACAAACCACCUCCUAUAAUAUUAUAUGGCAUAGAGGAUCUCUCCAAAUUAACUGAAUUACUAAAUAGUAAUGUACCUAGUGACGGCUACUCAUACAAAAUCAUAAACAGAGAUCAUUUAAGAAUCACGACACAAUCUACUGAUGUAUAUAAAGAAUUAAUAGAACUCAUUCGGAACAAAGGUCUAAUUGGUCAUACAUUUACUCAAAAGCAAAAUAAAUGUUAUAGAAUUGUGGUAAAAAACUUGCAUCACACCACACCAAAAAUAUCUAUUAUAGAAGAAAUUGAAAAAACAGGUAACAAGGUACGUGGUGAAAUUGUGUGCGCAAGAUCAAGAAUAAACAAAAAGCCCUUGAACAUGUUCUUUGUAAACAUAGAACCAGGCCCCAAUAACCCAGAAAUAAAGAACAUAGAGUAUAUAUACCACACAAGAGUCAAGAUUGAAGAUCCAAGAAAAUCAACUGAAAUUCCUCAGUGCACAAGGUGUCAACAAUACGGGCAUACCAAAAACAACUGUAUGCGCCCAUACAGGUGCGUUAAAUGUGGAAAAGGACACAAAACUACAGACUGCCCAAAGAAAGACAACAACACACCCGCUACCUGUGCUCUCUGCAAUGGUGACCAUCCGGCUAACUACAAAGGCUGCCAAGUGUACAAGGAAAUAAAAGCACGAAAAAUUAAACCUCCGGCAGACAAGCUAAAAUACUUGAAACCUGCACCCCAAUUAGCUGACUUCCCUCCUCUGAAAUCUCCCAGUUAUAUUAGACAACAUUCAGCAAACAACCAGACGGAACACACGCUUGAAAAUAUGCCUAGUACUUCAAAUACUAGCUAUUGGAAUAGAAAAACAGAGAUUAAGCAGUCUCAGUCAACAAGCUCAUUAGAGCAAAUUAUAAUCAAACAAUCUGAAAAGAUAGAUAUUCUAAUCCAACAAAUAGGAACCCUAAUGGGCCUCCUAACGUCGCUUAUAGCCCAGCAGAAAAAAAUAAAUUCUUGCGUGUGGCAACAUGGAACGUAA